GCAAAAACUCCCCCCCUCUUUUUUUUUUUUUUUCUUCGUACUAUUUUUUUUUUUCAUUUAUUAUUUUUUAUUUAUUUUUAAAUACUAAAUGAAUGUACCAGAACAACAGCUCCAUGAUGACCUUGUCAAGGACUGGAUUCUUUCAAGUCGUAAUGAAAUCGAUGCGUCCUUCAUGGCUCACGUUUUAUUAAUGACAACAAAAAGCUCGACAGGGUUAUCAGAUCUUGUCAAGUUUCUCUCAAAUUAUUGGAAGGAUGAAAUUCACCGAGGAAAAUGUGUCGAAUUACUUACCCAGGUCACAACUCAUAGUCGUUCCUCUCUUGAUUAUGAGACAGUCGAGGUGUUGAUGUCAUUCUCAUGCGACCGUUUAAAUGACUCUACAUCAGUUCUCCGUCUUCUUGAUCUAGUUGAUGUCCUAUGCUCAACACCUCAUUUCGAUGGCCAUUACGCUGUCAUGUUAUGUCAAUCAAUCUUUCGACACAUUGGCCAGAAAAAACAACCUCAGGGAACUCGCCACAAGAUAUUCUCACUACUCAACAAGCUUCUUCAGACUUACACUUCCGAUCUACAACGUGCAAGAGUGAACUUUAUUGGUAGCUUCGUAGCUUUUAUGGAUGGUGAAAAGGAUCCACGUAAUCUUGUGAUUGCAUUUGAAAUUGUUCGAUUCAUCAUUGAAAAAUUUGACAUUUCACAGCAUGUUGAAGAUUUAUUUGACGUGCUCUUUUGCUAUUUCCCAAUAAGUUUUAACGCCCCGAUUAAUGACCCGUUCAGUAUCACCACCGAAGACCUGAAGGACAGCCUCAGACGUUGCUUGGCUGCCACACCUUAUUUUGCAAACUAUGCUACUCCUUUACUAGCAGAAAAACUAUUGAAUACGACUGGAAGUGCCAAGAAAGAUGCCAUGGAAACAAUUGGCCUUUGCGCUCCCGCGUACGGUGCACACGCUCUCUUACCACACGCAAAAGAUAUAUUCGAUGCCCUCGUAAACGAAGUCUAUCAUGCAACCGAGACCUCAAUGGAGGCCACAGCUCUCAAGACCAUUCAUAAUGUUGUGGCUACUCUAGGAACUGGUGUCAGCAUAGCCAACAUCAGAGAUCCUGUAGAGAAAACCAUUGAUGCCUUACUAUCCCAAUGCGUCGAGAAACUUAACGAACCCGAACUCAAAUAUGCAAAAGCUGCAGCAUUGAUUCUACGUUCUGCCGCCUCUGCAUCAGAUCCUGCUUGUACAUCUGUAGUACAUACGACCUUCCCUAUCCUUCACAAUAUGUUUAAAGAUGCCAAUUCUCUCAGUCGACAGCUCGCUGUUCUUGAUAUCUUUAUCGAGAUUCUAUUUGCAAGUAAGAGUCUUUAUGGCUCAAUCGAGGAUAUUGGAUUUGAUCGAGAUUUCCAGACCCCUUUGCUUUCUUACAAGAAACCGCUGUUGGAUAUCUUUAUCACAUCUUUGAAUAUUCGUUCUGAUGAAGGACGUGUCUGUCGAAUGUCUGCCUUGAAAGGAAUUCGCCAAAUGGUUGUUAUGAAGCAAUUCUUGUCGGCAGAAGAGAUGGAGAAACUUGUAUUGCAUCUCACCCAGUUGAUUCCAGACACAGACGGUGAAUUAAGAGCGCUUGUUCUCUCUUCCCUUUCUGUAUUAGCAAAGUUGAGUCUCCCUGCACUCUCCAAAUACACCUUCCCACUCCUGUGGAGACUACUUCCAGGACACCAGAAACCAGACAACAGCAACUACCAUAGUACCCUUGAAGCCGUCGAAUACUUGACGAUCAACCCCACCAUUUUCAACACCAUCGUUGCCUCUUCUCUAUUGGACAAAUUUGAUAAGUCCUGCCGUCUAUCUGACCAGUCGCGAGACUACGUUUCCGCGUUGGCUAAAACUAUGCUCAAUUUAUUUCAAACUAUGGCCCCAAAAGACCCAAAAACUAUGCAACUAGGACAACGUAUUUUUUUCCCUCACAUUAUGUCAGAGUGUAUCAAAUCUACUCUUCACUAUCCAGGUUCAUGGCUACUCGAUACCCAACUUGUCGAUAUAUUGUCGCUCUUUGUGGCUGGAGUCGUAAAGAACUCCAAUUCAAGUCAUCAAACAGCACUGACUGCAAUUGCGUUCCGUCUUUUUGUUAAUGGUGAUCUGACAGCUGUUAACCUUCAAUCUACAAGUGAUCCUACCCUUCGUCUCUUUCCUUUAUCAACCGUUGUUCUUCCUAUCCCAUCUUAUAGUGAAUUCAUCCAAGGACUUGUCCAGGCUGCGUUAAAUACUCCAUGUAGUGCCAAGAGUCUAGCGUUGACAAAAUCCUUUGCCUCAAUUGUAAACAAGUGGGGAAAUGAAAGUGUAAUGUCUUGUGUGGACAAUAUUAUUCCUACCUAUCUUAUUCCUGCCUUGGAAUCCUCGGAUAUCAAAGUAAAGAAGGCUGGGUUAUUGCUUCUAACAUGGUUGGCCAAGGCACUCGUUAUUCAAGGACAUGCUUUGGGUUUCCAGAUACUUGACAUUAUUGCAAACCAAUGCCAAUUACCUGAUGUGGGGCGCGAGGCUGCAAAUCAUUUUUCUACUAUCCUUCAAGACGACGAACUUAUGCUCAACAAAAAAUCCUAUGCAAAUGUUUCUAUUCUUUACAGACAACGCGUCUUCAACUACUUGGCCCCAAAACUCAUCGAGACAGCAAAUAUAUCUUCUGCAGACUCCAAAAUCAAUUACUUUACCGCACUCUCUUGUUUGCUCGUGAACGUACCUGAUUCUGUAGUUGCUAGUGAAUCAUCAAAGCUUAUUACCUCUAUCAAUGCCUCCCUUUUAUUGUCUGACUCCAACCUCUCCUUGUCUAUGAUCAAAGUAACACGCGUCAUUAUUGCCACUUCUCCAGAAAAGAUCGAACACGCCACAUCACCCACUAUCGAUGGACUGCUACACUCGGCUGAUCCUGCUCACAACCUCUCCUUGCCCGUUCGAAUCGAAUCUAUCCAAUGUCUAAAGGAUAUCCCAGAUAAAUUUAAGCCAACAACCCUAUCGCCACAUGCACCCAUUGUAGUCAAGCGACUUUGCAGAUCCUUGGAUGACAAGAAGCGGCUUGUUCGUAAAUAUGCCGUUGACUGCAGAGAAAGAUGCUCGCUUUUACGGUAUCUUCUCGGAGCAUUUUCUCAGCCACUUUGCAUUAAAAGAUAUAUCAAUAAUAGAAUGACAAGCCUUCUGUUUUACGAUUGUAUUACCUUAAAACUCGAGAUUUUAUGUGUCGGUGAUCCUACAUAA